UCACACGCACUAUAUAUAUUUAAACACACUCCAUACACACAUAUAUACACAUAUUUACGUGUACGUAUACUAUGAUUUAUAUUACACAUACACAUUGAUACAUAAUAUAUAUAUAUUUACAUAUAAAAAGAUACAUGUAUGGAUUUAAUAUUUACACUUGCAAACAUAUAUUACAAUAAAUAAACCAAAAGUAUUUAAUUUUAAAAAUUAAAUAUAUUAUCCAGCCCGUAUGUACUUUUACGUACUUCAACAAAAUAAUAGUAAUAAUAAUAAUAAUAAUUAAUAAUAACAAUUAUUUGUCUCUUACUUAAAAAUUAUUUCUCGCAAACUUAUUUAACAAAUGAUUAUUUUAAAAAUUUAAAUGGAUUAUCAGCAAUAAUAACAAUGGAAUCAAAUCCGUACAAAGCAAUGGCUGGAGUUAAACUCAGUGAUAAUUAUAAUAUAAAUACAAAUGACAAUGAAUAUGUUUAUGUUACUAAAUCUGAAUUGCAAGAUCAUGAAAAUAUGGAAAUGGGUGACAUGAGUGAAGCAAAUCAUGAAACUAUGUAUUUUGACAGUAACGUCAAUUUAAAAACAACCGAGGAGUCUGUCGAGGAGUUCGAUCCUGACCUCAGUUCUUUAAUCCGCAUAAAGCAAGAGUGGAAAGAACCGAGUUCAUUACCUACCACUCACUCAAGUACUCCCUUGAAACAAGAGCACGAAUUUUACGAGUUUUCCGAGUCCCAAGAUGCGGAUGCAGAAGAGGAAGAAAUCGUCGAAGAAGAAUACGAGUACGAAACGUUCGAAGAAUCUGAGGAAUUUAAAGAAGAAGCUGUGAAACAAGAAGGUCAAGCAGACCUAGAGCAAGAAUAUUAUCAACAAGAAUAUCAAGGCACAGUUCAAGAUCAUGAUCAAGAGCAAGAACGAGAACAAGAACAAGACCAAGAACCACAACAAGAUCAAGAACCAGAACCAGAUCCAGAUGAAGAAACAAUCGCAACUUUCGUUACCGCUUCCGGUAAACAAUUAGCUCUUUAUGCUGUCGAGCAUACCGAUGACGUAUUUGCCGUUGCAGCUUACGAUGGAUCAGGAAAUCCUCCAAGUAAUUUUCAAUUCGUCAUGAAAGCUGAUGUUGAACGUUUAAUUGGUCAAGGUGCUGUAAGAACUGUCAAAAAACCAUCGUCGAUAAAACAGCAGACGUAUUUAGGUGACGCGUCGGCCAUCUUGCCCCAUAAUAAUAAUAAAUUAUUCAAAGAAGAACCAGAUUUAAUUGAUGUGCCAUCGCCGUCUUUUGAAAAACAUAAUCCUAAUGAAGACAGUAGUCAUUAUAAUACUCAACUUCAUCAUCAUCAAUUAGAUCCAGACAAUGAUGAAGUUGAAGACGAUCUAACCUAUCAGUUUCUUGAAUCACAAUCGAAUUCAUUUGAAACUGCCGGUAAUUCUGUUGAAUCAUACGAUGGUAAAAAUUCAGUGGAAUCAAUGUCUCAAUCAGAUCUGGCAUCUAAUAAUAAUAAUGAUAGGGUUAAUGAUAAUGACAAUGAUAAUGAUGAUGAUGAUAUAAUAACAGUACAACAUUUAUUGUAUGAUCAAUCGGAAUCCGAAUUAACAUUUGACGAUAUUAAAUCAAUAGAUUUUACUAUGAUACCGGAGAAAUCAAUCAGAAGUAAUCAGAAAUUAAUAGAAAUUGGAAUGUCAUUAGGUAAAAUAAAAUCUAAUUCAUUAAUUGGAAAUGAAUGUAAUUUAAUGGAUAUUGAAUCAAGAUCUAAUUCAAUGGAAGUUAGAUCUAAUUCAUUUGAUAUUGGAACUAAAUCAAUGGAUAUUGGAUCUAGUAAUUUAAGUAAAUCUGAUGGUAUGGAUACACGAAAAUCAGAUUCUAAUUUAAUGGAUAUUGGAUCUGAAUCAAGAUCUAAUUCAAUGGAUACAUUAAGAUCAGUAUCUAAUUUAAUGGAUACUAAAUCAAAUUCAUUAAAAUCUCAAUUGAGUAAAACUCAUUCAUUGGAUAUUGGAUCUAAUUUAAUAAAAUCAAAAUCAAAUUUAAUGGAUAUUGAAUCUAAUUCAAUGGAAAGUGAUCACAAUAUUAUUGAUGAUUCGAAUUCUAUAGAUAUGAGUUCUAAUAUCGACGAUUCUAAUUUAAUGGAUGAUUCAAAUUUAAUGGAAAUUGAAAAUAAUUCAAUGGAAAUUGAUAAAAUAGAUAAAAUGAAUACUUGUAAUUUAAAGGUUAGAUCCAAUUCAGACAUUGGAUCUAAACUAUUGGAUAUUGGAUCUAAUAAUAAAUCAAGGUCAUUAUUAAAACGCACAUAUGAAAUAAUAAAACAUAGCGAUAAUGAACCGAUAACACAAGUAUUAGAUCCAGUUACGGUUAAUAGUCUAAUACAAUCGGUCGAUAAAACAGAGCAAGUACGUCAGACAAAACGUUCAAAGCACAUGCCGCGCGCUCUUUUGGGCUGUAAAACAAAUACUUUUGAUUCGAAAAAUUCAACUGUUUUUAUUCACGGAUCCACUGCGUUAAUUUGCUGUCCGAUUCAGCCAAUAAAGAAGACCAAGGAGAGGGACGGCAAGGAUGAGGAGAAGAAGGGGGAUCAAGAGAAUGGUGGUGGUACGGGUGAAGAAGGAGAGGGAGAGGAAAAGGAUAAGGAAAAAGAAAAGGAGGAAAAAGAAAAAACAGUUUGUAAAUUAAAAAGACCGCCGAGGAAACAGCAGUUGAAAAUAAAUGACCGAGCGGACUCGGAGAUAAUUAUUCAGCAGGCGGUAAUGGAGGAAAAUUUCGAAGAGAUGUCGCCUCCUGUACGCAAACGGGGACGGAGAAAAAAAACACGCGGUGAAGUUGGGGUCAAAAAGUAUAGGAAUGAAAAAGAUGGCAAGGAUGGAAGGGGGAGAGGGAGGAAGAGAAAAUCGAGGAUCGAGGUCAUUGAUCUGGAUGAGGAGGAAGAGGUUGCGAGACAUAUCGAAGAGAUUACGAUUGAUGAUGCAAAGGAGAAGGGAUCGAGUGACAAGGAAAAUGAGAUAAUUAUGCUGGAGUCGGAGGAAGAACAGGAGGAAGAGGAAGAAGAAGAAGAAGAAGAAGAGGAAGAAGAGGAGGAAGUUUGGAAAUGCAAGCAUUGUAGGAGAAGUUUUAAACAGAAGAGGGCGAUGGAUACUCAUGCUAGAGUAUGUCCGAAAAGUCCGAGGAGGAAUGAGGGAGAGAAACGAGAGAAAGGAGAGAAGAGUGUAAAAGGAAGUAUGGGAAAAGAGGAGAAAAAGGAGAAAAAAUACGUUUGUAAAAUUUGUAAAGAAACUUUUGAUGUUGUGGUGGCGCUGGCGAGACAUGUUAGGUCGCAUUAUAAGAAAAAUGUUGUUGAGGAAGAAGAGGAGGAGGAGGAAGAGGUCGGGGGUGAAGUUGAAGCUGAGGAAGAAGAGGAAGAAAUUGUGGAAGAAGUUGAGAUGGUGGUGGAAGAGUAUGAGGAGAUAGAGGAGAGAGAGGAGGAUGAGGAAGAGAUUAAAGAAGGAAAGAGAGAAGAAAAAGAAACAGAAGAAGAAGAGAGAGGAGAAAAAGGAAAAAAAGGAGUCAAAAAGGUGAAUAGGAAGAGAAGGUGGGGACCUUUACAGAAGAAGUUAAGGUGCAUGGAAUGUAGAAAGUGGUUCAAUAGUGAGGCGUUGUUGGCUACGCAUUAUUUAAAACAUGAUACUAAAGCUACUGAUAAACAAAUGAAAUACUGCUACAUAUGUAAAGAAUUAAUAAAAUCUAAACUCCUGUAUUUACGGCACAUGCAACUUCACAUAACAAAGUCUCCAAAAAAAACAUUAAAGUCACCUGAAAAUUCAGUAGUAGUAAAAAAAUCACCGCCGAUUGAAAAACCGUUACCCGUAAGACGGACCACCAGAUCAUCAAUAUCUGCAUCAGCGCCAUCAACAUCUCAAGCUCCCAAAAAUGAUAAAAAUAAUAAAUCGUUAGAUAAAAAAAAAGUAAACAAAUCAUCACCUAGUAAUAGCAACAAAUUGUCAUUAAGAAAAAGUGGUCGACAAAAAAAAUUAUGAUUUGUUUUAUUAUUAUUAAUUUACCAUAAUAUUAUAAUUAUUAUUACUAUUACUAUUAUUAUAAUUACAUAUUCAAUAAUUAAUUUUUUUAGUUUUAAAAUCCAAAGUAACGUUUAUUGCUUACAAAUGUUAUUUUACAACAACAAAAAAUAUAUAAUGUAUCUUAAUGUAAUAUAAAUUAAUAUUAAAUAAAAUAAUAAAUAAAUAGAUUAAUCAUUUUUAUGAAUGAUAAUAAUAAUGAUCAUUAAUUAAUUAAUUGAUUAAUAAAUAACCCAGUAAAUGUGGGCCUU